CUCUUGCCACGUUAAGCGGACACGGGUGUUCGAGAUAGCCAGAGGGCGGGCUGGGACCAGAGGGCAAGGAGGUUCCCGCUUGCAGCUUCUGAGACUAGGUGACCUGCGUCGGCAGCAACCCAGGCUCCCACCCGUCGUGCCUAACGGCUUGUGUCUGUCCCAGGCCUUUUGCAGAAUCAAAGCGUCAAGCUUCCUAUUUUAUUUAGGGAUUUGCCCUAAACGGCCACCAGCUCGGACGAGAUAAGAGGAGAGCAUCGGAAGUGCGGCUUUUAGCUUUCAGCUCCCUGCUCAAAGUUCAGAGCAGCGAGACUUCACAGAGCCGCUGGUGUUCCAAGAAAAGCUGUCCGGGCCUGGAAGGCGCCCUUCGGACGCCGGAACCUUUGGUUCCAGGCCGUGGACCGCGCCGGCAGGGUUUGGGGCCUUCCGGGGAGAGGAGAGAGCGCGCGGCGAUGGCGGCGGCGCCGGCCCUGAAGCACUGGCGCACUACGCUGGAGCGGGUGGAGAAAUUCGUGUCGCCGCUCUACUUUACCGACUGUAAUCUCCGCGGCAGGCUCUUCGGAGACAGCUGCCCAGUGGCCGAGCUCUCCAGCUUCUUGACGCCCGAAAGGCUUCCCUACCAGGAGGCAGUCCAGCAGGAUUUCCGCCCCGCGCAGGUCGGCGACAGCUUCGGACCCACAUGGUGGACCUGUUGGUUCCGGGUGGAGCUGACCAUCCCAGAGGCAUGGGUGGGUCAGGAAGUUCACCUUCGCUGGGAAAGUGAUGGAGAAGGCCUGGUGUGGCGUGAUGGGGAACCUGUCCAGGGUUUGACCAAAGAGGGGGAGAAGACCAGCUAUGUCCUGACUGAAAAGCUGGGGGAAGAAGACCCCCGGAGCCUGACCCUCUAUGUGGAAGUAGCCUGCAAUGGGCUCCUGGGGGCCGGGAAGGGAACCAUGAUCGCAGCCCCUGACCCAGAGAAGAUGUUCCAGGUGAGCCGGGCUGAGCUGGCCGUGUUCCACCGGGAUGUCCACAAGCUCCUGGUGGAUCUGGAGCUGCUGCUGGGGAUGGCCAAGGGCCUCGGGGAGGACAACCAGCGCAGCUACCAGGCCCUGUACACAGCCAACCAGAUGGUGAACAUAUGUGACCCCGCCCAGCCGGAGACCUUCCCAGUGGCCCAGGCCCUGGCCUCCAAGUUCUUUGGCCAACGUGGGGGUGAAAGCCAGCAUACCAUCCAUGCCCUGGGGCACUGCCACAUUGAUACAGCCUGGCUCUGGCCCUUCAAGGAGACCGUGCGGAAAUGUGCCCGGAGCUGGGUGACAGUCGUUCAGCUCAUGGAGCGGAAUCCUGAGUUCAUCUUUGCCUGCUCCCAGGCACAGCAGCUCGCGUGGGUGAAGAGCCACUACCCUGGCCUGCAUGCCCGGCUCCAGGAGUUCGCCUGCCGUGGGCAAUUUGUGCCCGUCGGGGGCACCUGGGUGGAGAUGGAUGGGAACCUUCCCAGUGGAGAGGCCAUGGUGAGGCAGUUCCUGCAGGGACAGAGCUUCUUCCUGCAGGAGUUUGGGAAGAUGUGCUCUGAGUUCUGGCUGCCAGACACGUUCGGCUACUCAGCGCAGCUCCCACAGAUCAUGCGCAGCUGUGGCAUCAGGCACUUCCUCACCCAAAAACUGAGCUGGAACCUGGUGAACAACUUCCCGCACCAUACCUUUUUCUGGGAGGGGCUGGAUGGCUCCCGGGUGCUGGCCCACUUCCCGCCUGGUGACUCAUAUGGGAUGCAGGGCAGUGUGGAGGAGGUGCUGAAGACUGUGGCCAAAAACCGGGACAAGGGGCGUACCAACCACAGUGCCUUCCUCUUUGGCUUUGGGGAUGGGGGUGGUGGCCCCACCCAGACCAUGGUGGACCGCUUGAAGCGGCUGUGCAAUACAGAUGGGCUGCCCAGGGUGCAGUUCUCUUCUCCGGAGCGACUCUUCUCGGCGCUGGAGGGCCACUCGGAGCAGCUGUGCACGUGGGUCGGAGAGCUCUUCCUGGAGCUACAUAAUGGCACCUACACCACCCAUGCCCAGAUCAAGAAGGGGAACCGGGAGUGUGAGCGGAUCCUGCAUGACGUGGAGCUGCUCAGCAGCCUGGCCCUGGCCCGCAGUGCCCAGUUCCUCUACCCGGCCGCCCAGCUGCAGGACCUCUGGAGGCUCCUGCUUCUGAACCAGUUCCACGAUGUGGUGACUGGAAGCUGCAUCCAGCUGGUGGCAGAGGAAGCCAUGUGCCACUACGAAGACAUCCGUUCCCGUGGCAACACACUGCUCAGCGCUGCAGCCGCAGCCCUUUGUGCUGGGGAGCCAGGUCCUGAGGGCCUCCUCAUUGUCAACACACUGCCCUGGAAGCGCACCGAAGUGCUGGCCCUGCCCAGGCCUGGUGGGGCCCACUGCCUAGGCCUCAUCCCCAGCUCUGGUGACAGUGCCCAGCAUGGGCUAUGCUCCCGCUCCCACCCCCACCUCGCUGCAGCCCCUGCUGCCCCAGCAGCCUGUGUUUGUAGUGCAGGAGCCUCUGCGGACUUAGCCUCAAGGCCCCCUCCCACCAAGACUGACGGUUCUGUGACUCUGGACAACGGCAUCAUCCGGGUGAGGCUGGACCCAACUGGCCGCCUGACGUCUCUGGUGCUGGUGGCCUCCGGCAGGGAGGCCAUUGCUGAGGGCGCCGUGGGGAACCAGUUUGUGCUGUUCGAUGAUGUCCCCCUGUACUGGGACGCGUGGGACGUCAUGGACUACCACCUAGAAACACGGAAGCCAGUGCUGGGCCAGGCAGGGACCUUGGCUGUGGGCACUCAGGGUGGCGUGCGGGGCAGCGCCUGGUUUCUGCUGCAGAUCAGCCCCAAUAGUCGGCUAAGCCAAGAGGUGGUGCUGGACGUCGGCUGCCCCUAUGUCCGCUUCCACACAGAGGUGCACUGGCACGAGGCCCACAAGUUCCUGAAGGUGGAGUUCCCUGCCCGUGUGCGGAGCCCCCAGGCCACCUUUGAGGUCCAGUUCGGACAUCUGCAGCGGCCCACCCACUACAACACCUCUUGGGACUGGGCCCGAUUUGAGGUGUGGGCCCACCGCUGGAUCGAUCUGUCAGAGCACGGCUUUGGGCUGGCUCUGCUCAAUGACUGCAAGUAUGGCGCGUCAGUGCGAGGCAGCGUCCUCAGCCUCUCCCUCUUGCGGGCGCCCAAGUCCCCUGACGCCACGGUUGACAUGGGGCACCACGAGUUCACCUACGCGCUGAUGCCGCAUGAGGGGUCCUUCCAAGACGCUGGCGUUAUUCCCGCUGCCUACAGCCUCAACUUCCCCCUGUUGGCGCUGCCCGCCCCAGGCCCGGCACCCGCCGCCGCCUGGAGCGCCUUUUCAGUGUCCUCGCCCGCAGUCGUGUUGGAGACUGUCAAGCAGGCGGAGACCAGCCUCCAGGGCCGCAAGCUGGUCCUGAGGCUGUACGAGGCCCACGGCAGCCACGUGGACUGCUGGCUGCACAUGUCGCUGCCGGUUCAGGAGGCCGUCCUCUGUGACCUCCUGGAGCGCCGUGACCCUGCUGGCCCCCUGCCCCUUCGGGACAGCCGCCUGAAGCUCACCUUUUCUCCCUUCCAAGUGCAGUCCCUGUUGCUCGUGCUGCAGCCCGCACCGAGCUGAGCUGAGUCCCUGAGCGUGGGGUUUUGUUUGUGGAAGGCUUUGGGGGCUCCUCAUUUCUGCCUCUCAAGCCUGAAGCAAGGAUAGUUACCUCUUGAACAAUAAACGCUUGGCUUAGGAACCCUGCUGGUAGCCCCUGCUCAGUCCCCUCAGGUCCCAAACUCAGGCAUUGAGGGGGGAAGUUUUUACCCCAGGCAUCUGGGGACAGGGGCAAGAUCUAAGGUUAUCUGUGCACGCAGGGUCUGGAUUGCAGGCCCCAUGACAGAGACGGGGGAUAUCGGUGACCAUAAGCUGACUGUAAGACCACGAUAUAAGACGCUCUUCUGGGACUUCCCUGGCGGUCCAGUGGUUAAGACUCUGAGCUUCCAAUGCAGGGGACGGGUCGGGAAACUAAGAUCCCGCAUGCCAUGUGGUGCGGCCGGUGGGGUGGGGGGAAAAGAAGCAGCAGCAGCUCUUCCCCCGUGUCCACAGGCAGAGGGCCUGGGGCUGGGGAGGAGGCCUGGUGGGUGGGUUCUGGCUGGUCCCCACUAGGAGGGGAGCAUUGACUAGUCUGGACUAGGCUAGGGGAGCAGCCACAUGAGGAAUCCUGGACUGGAGGAGCUGUAGAGCCUGGGCUGCCCCGGGGGACGGGGUGGGUCUCUGCACCACCUCUGAAGGGCUGUCCCUGCAGAGGCAGACUGUCCUGAGAGCCAGGGCCUUGAGGCCUGGGAUGGGGCUCAGUCUGCCAUGCUGAGGCAGUGGCCCUCCUGUCCCCAGGGCUGGGCACCAGGCCCUCCACAUUCGGCUUUCCCAGACCUUCUGCAGCCAACCCAAGAAGUUCAAGGUUUAUCAGUUUACUAAAAAUUACAGCCUUUUUCACGUGGGCUUAAAAAAUGGGGACAAUGGGUACAAUUAAAAACAUCAUAGUUGUACAGGGAAUGGCCACAGGGCCAGGGGCAGCCAGUCCCCUGCAACUUCCAGGAAGCCGCACAGGCCCAGAUCCAGGGCAGCAGGAAGGGGUGGAUGCAAGCAAGGAGACCCUCCUGCUAAGAGGCUGAGGUCUCCUCAGGCUCCGAGGAUGGGGUGUCAGCCUUGAUCUUUUGGGGUCUGCGGCGGCCUGUGGGGAGGACAGGUGAGGUGGCAGCUCGGACCCCAGGCUGAGGACUCUGUCCCAACAGCCUCCCUGCCACCUUUGUCGACGUGUUCCUCCCACCCGCACUGCCAUCCCUUCCUCUCCUGGAGAGCCCGUUUUGGUGGUGCCCCUUCCCUCCCUAGAGGAAGAUGCUGAGGAAGGCCCACCUGAGGUCGCUGGUUGCCUCCUCCUCUUCCCUUUCUCAGGGACGCAGGGGGCUUCUGGGUCCCGUUGGAGGCUGGUCCCCUCGGGCUGCUGGGCCGCAGUCUGCUCAGGAAGGCCUCUCCGUGCCCUUCGUGUCCUUGAAGGGGCCUUGUUUGGAGAUGGAGGAUUCUGGGUGGAGAAGACACGGGUCCCUGAAGAGCUCAGCAAGUCACAGGAUCAUGGCAAGACUGACUCAGUGAUGGGCGUGAGAAGCAAGUGAAAUAGGGGGCCAGAAGACAGAGUUUUGGGGUAAAGAGUGGAAGCUCUGCUUGCUCAUCACCCCACCGCUUGGAAUCAGGCCCGCAUCGGUUGUCACAAUGACUGAGGGAAUGAGCCUGGAAGAGAAGAGCUGGGAAAACGGUUGCUCAGAGGCUCAGCCGGCAUUGUGGAGGCCUGCCACCACCCACUGGUCAGGACCAUAGCGAGGACAAGGAAGAGGGAAUGCAGGUGUCUCCAGGUACAUCAGCACUGGAGUCAGGUACACACGACUUCGAGGGAGGAGAUAGGGGAGUCAGAAGGGCUCCCCAAGCUCUAGCCCAUGGUCCAGGGGGUAAUAGGAAACGCCCCGGUCAGCGGUCAGCGCCUCGGGCCGAGAGAGGCGUAGUCCCCUUCCUCACCCUCGCUGGCGUAGAGAGGAGAGUUUGCCACUUUCCUCUUCGCCAGAUCGACGGCGAAGGUAUGUGUUGGGCAGAGGGGGACAUUUAGCCAGGGCAGACUCCUUUGCCCUCCCCCCCGCCCCCGCCGCAACCUCAGCGCCGCCCCGGACCUGGCACCCGAAAGGGUUCGUUUUGCUGGAAAAGGUGAACUUCCAGGUUCUUAAUUUCGCGAGGGGCGGACGCUCUAUGGCUCGCCUCCCACCCACCCCCAUCCUCCACCCCCGCUGUCUGUCCUCGGUUAACCCUGGCUCCCUUCCUCCCCAAGGCCCCCAGACCCGUCCUCUCCUCAGCUCUGCUGCACACCCACCCCGACCCCGGGCCCACUCGCAGGCUACCUGCGCCCGUCGCCGCUCCCGCCAGCCUGCAGGCACUAUGGGGUUAAGGCCGGGGGCGGAGCGGCGCCUGGGAGCACACUGGGAGCUGCGGUCGCUGCUCCAGCGCCUGAUGGGAAGUGUAGUUCCUCAGGUAGGUGGCAAAGACUGUUCCGGGUGGGGUCCCCGAGCUGGGGGGCUUGGGGUGUGGGAAAGGCUUUGGGGCAGUCACCUGGCUGGGGGGUGGCGGAAGAACCUGGCUUCCCGCUGCCCGGCGCCGGCGGGAUCCGGCGUCAGGUCUGAGGUCCCGGGUUGCAGCUGUCUCUGUGGCUGUGAAAAGCCACCCGGCUAGUCCGGGACCGGGUCGGCACUCCCAGCAGGAAACAGAAGCACCGUCCCAAAGCAGAGGCGCCUGCAGCUGUGCGCAGAGCGCGAACAGGUGCGCGAUAAAUGCAGGCUCUGGGGACCCGGUGGUGGCUCUAAGUUUCAACGCUAGUCAGACAUAACAAGUAAACAUCAUCACCACGGGCGAUGAAGCGUAGCCAAGCAGCCAAAGGCAGGAGCCGAGAGCGGAACCUACUUCCGUUGUGGAGGAGGGUCUCUCUGCGAUGACAUUUAGGCUGAAACCUCAGAAGGAGCCAUCCGGAAAAGAGAGGGGACGAGUCGCUACGGCGGGCGGAAAGAACUGCCAAUGCAAAGGCUUGGAGGCUGGAAAGCAAGCGAUUGGCCCACGCAAAGAAGGUGGCUGGGGGUAGUGCUGAGAGGUGAGGACAGACACACAAGCAAGAGCUGGUCUGGUCUGGUCCGACCUCUGGAGGCCUCUGUAAGGAGCUGGCCUUUCAUCCUAAGUGUAGCAGGCACUGGUCCCUGACCCACAGCCAGGAUUCAUACUACUUCUCCUUCCUCCCCCCUUAAUCUAUUUAUUCAUUUAUUUUGACAGUAUUUAAAAUGAGACAAUGCCUUUAUCGAGCUAGUAAAGUUAACAACUUUUUAAAAAAUAUGUUUAUUUAUUAUUUAUUUUGGCUGCACCGGGUCCUAGUUGUAGCAUGCUGGAUUUAGUUCCCUGACCAGGGAUCGACUCCAGCUCGGAGUCUUAGCCACUGCACCACCAGGGAAGUCCCAACAAUAACUUGUUAAUAUUACCUAAUACAUAGCCCACAUUCAGAUUUCCCUAACUGUCCGCAAAAUGUCUUUGAUAGCUAGUUUGUUCAAAUCAGAGACCAAAUAAGGAUUCUGUGUCUCUUCAGUCACUUUAAUCUAGAUGGAACCACCCUCCCCACCUCUUACCCACCUCACCUCCUUUAUUUUUGGUCUUCAUGAUACUGACCUUUCUGAAGAUUCCAAGCCAAUUGUCCUUUGAGAUGCCCCAUCACAUUCUGGAUUUGUCUGAUGUUUCCUUGGGUGUCGUUAACUUGUUCCUCUAUCUCUAGUUUUCCCUGCACACCAGAAAUUAGAUCUAAAGCUUGGAAAUACAUAUGUCUCCUGGGUGCUGCUCUGUACUCCAAACUGCAUCACAUUAGGAGGCGCCCAACAUCUGGUUGUCUCACUUUAAUGAGGCUGAAAUUGAUCACUGGUGAGGCUCUGACAGCCAGACUUCUGUGUUGUAAAGGUAUGUUUCACACCUUGUGACCACUAAAUAAUCUAUGGGGUGAUUUCUUCGUUUUGUUGGUCUAUUUUUGUUUGUUUAAAUUAAGUUAAAAUGUACAUACAGUAAAAUUCAUCUCUUUUAGAAUGUGAGUUUCUUGUUUUGUUUGUUUUUGGUAGGUUUUUUUUUUUUUUUUUGGUGGCGCCUUACAGCAUGGAGGAUCUUAGUUCCCCAGUCGGGAUUGGACCCGUGGCCCCCUGCAUUGGAAGCGUGGAGUCUUAACCACUGGACCGCCAAGGAAGUCCCUAGAGUGUGAGGUUUUUUUUUUUUUUUUUGCGUUACGCGGGCCUCUCACUGUUGUGGCCUCUCCCAUUGCAGAGCACAGGCUCCGGACGCGCAGGCUCAGCGGCCAUGGCUCACGGGCCCAGCCACUCCGCGGCAUGUGGGAUCCUCCCGGACCGGGGCACGAACCCGUGUCCGCUGCAUCGGCAGGCGGACUCUCAACCACUGCGCCACCAGGGAAGCCCUAGAGUGUGAGUUUUGACAAAUUCAUACACUCAUAAUCAUCACCACAAUCAAGAGAUAAUACAUUUCUGUCACCCCCCUAAAAUUUGCCCGUACACCUUUUUAGUCAACACUUACACCGUACUCUCUGGCAACCACUGAUCUGUUUUCCGCCCCUAUAGUUUUUUGCCAAUAUCAUACACUGGCAUAUCUCAUUUAUUGCGCUCCACUUUGUUGCACUUAACAGAUAUUGCUUUCUUUUUUUUUACAAAUUGAAGGUUUGUGGCAAUCCUCCAUUGUCAGAUGAUGGUUAGCAUUUUUUAAGCAAUAAAGUAUUUUUAAAAUUUAUUUUAUUGAAGUAUAGUUGAUUUACAAUGUUGUAUUAGUUUCUGCUGUACAGCAAAGUGAUUCAGUUAUACAUUUAUAUAUAUAUUCUUUUUCAUAUUCUUUUCCAUUAUGGUUUAUUACAAGAUAUUGAAUAUAAUUCCCUGUGCUAUACAGUAGAACCUUGUUGUUUAUCCAUUCUACAUAUAAUGGUUUGCAUCUGCCAAUCCCAAACUCCCAAUCCAUCCUUUGCCCACACCCCCAGCAAUAAAGUAUUUUUUAAUUAGGGUUUAUACAUUGUUUUUUUAGACACAGUGCUAUUGCACACUUAAUAGACUACAGUAUAGUGUAAACAAAACUUUUCUAUGCACUGGGAAACCAAAAAGUUCAUGUGACUCACCUUAUUGCCAUACUUGCUUUACUGCAGUGUUCUGGAACCAAACCUGCAGUUAACUCCGAGGUAUGCCUGUACAUGGAAUCUUCAGCCCGUAGCCUUGUGCAUCUGCUUUCUUCCUCAUAGCAUAAUGCAUUUGAGAACCAUCCACGUUGUUAUGCUUAUCAAUCAGUUCAUUCCUUUUUUUUUUUUUUUUUUUUUUUUUGUGGUACACAGGCCUCUCGCUGUUGUGGCCUCUCCCGCUGCAGAGCACAGGCUCCGGACGCGCAGGCUCAAUGGCCAUGGCUCACGGGCCUAGCCGCUCCACGGCAUGUGGGAUCCUCCCAGACCGGGGCACGAACCCGUGUCCCCUGCAUCGGCAGGCGGACUCUCAACCACUGCGCCACCAGGGAAGCCCCUAGUUCAUUCCUUUUUAUUGCUGAGUAGUAUUCCACUGUGUAGAUGUACCAGCAUGUUUAUCCACUCACCAGCUGAGGGACAUUGGGUUGUUUACAUGUGGUGAUUCUUUAGCACCACGCAAAUACCCAGUUUCACAUCACAUCAUCCUUUCACCUAAUGGCUUUAUCAUCACUGGUGAUCCUUGCCUCAAUCAAGUAUUUAAUUGGGAGUUAAAAAAUGGUGAUUUUCUGAUUCUGUCAUUCCUUCUACAUUAGCUGGAAUUCUUCUGUAAAGAAGAGAUUUACUUCAUUGACUAGGGUUAUUUGGAUAUUCUGAAAUACUAAAAAGACAGGAUAAAUUCUGAAACCCUUCUCUUUAAUUAUCAAUUUUUAGACUAAGAAUUUGGUGCAAUAAUAUCCAAUGGUGACAAAUUAGAAUUGAUUUGGGGGGGUUAUCUUUUAUGGACUCAUAGAUUUUUUUCCACAUUUCAUAUCUUUAAAUUUGUUGCAAUCUUUAUCUUUUACCCCCACUUAUUGAAAGAGUACUAUAUUAGUCUUUGGGGCUAUACAAAGGGAUAUACAGGGAUAAACAGGGAUAUACAAUUCCCAUCUUUAAAAAAGGCUGGUAAAAGGCGGGUAGUAAAUACAAAAUUAAUGCAGUGCUACAAUAGCAAUGAGAGGAGAUUCUAUGGGAUUCUGUGACAACACAGAAGAGGGAAUGCUACCUAGGAAACCAAGUUCAUAUUAUACAUUUGAUGAGACUUGGAAAUUUCUUUGUGAUUUUUUGUCUGCCACUUUAUUUGUGCUUUGUUUAUUCCCUGUUUUUCGUUUUGUCUUCUUUUCCUUGCCCUCCUGUGGGCUACUUGAACAUCUUUUAGAAUUCCAGUUUGACUUACCUAUAUUGUUUUUGAGUGUGUUAUAUUGCAUACCCUUUGAAGUGGUUGCUGUAGGUGUUACACUAUACACAUGUAUGUACUUGUCACAGCUCACUGGUGUCGACAUUUUAUCAAUUUGAGUAUAGAGAAACCUUACUUCCCUUUGCCCUCCCAUGUUUAUAAUAACCUUAAAUAUCUGUUCUACAUACAUUGAGAACCACAUCUAACAGUAUUUUGUUUUGCUUCAACUGUCGAACAUAUUUCAAAAUACUCAAGAGAAGGAAAGUCUACUGCAUCCACGUUUUUAGUCUUUCCAUUGUUCUUCCUUCCUGAUGUUUCAAGAUUUCUUCUUCUAUCAUUUCCUUUCUGUUUGGAGAUCCUCCUUUAGCCUUUUUUUAAAAAAAAUUUUAUUUUAUAUUGGAGGAUAGUUGAUUUACAAUGUUGUGUUAGCUUCAGGUGUACAGCAGAGUGAUUCAGCUAUACAUAUACAUAUAUCUAUUCUUUUUCAGAUUCCUUUCCCAUAUAGGUUAUUACAGAGUAUUGAGUAGACUUCCCUGUGCUAUACAGUAGGUCCUUGUUGAUUAUCUAUUUUAUAAAUAGUAGUGUGUAUAUGUUAAUCCUGACCUCCCAGUUUAUCCCUCCCCCCCCACCUUUCCCCUUUGGUAACCAUAAGUUUGUUUUCCACAUCUGUGACUCUGUUUCUGUUUUGUAAAUAAGUUCAUUUGUAUCAUAUUUUAGAUUCCACAUAUAAGUAAUAUCAUAUGACACUUGUCUUUCUUUGUCUGACUUACUUCACUUAGUAUGAUAAUCUCUAGGUUGAUCCAUGUUGCUACAAAUGGCAUUAUUUCAUUCUUUUUUUAUGGGUGAGUAAUAUUCCACUGUAUAUAGGUACUACACCUUCUUUAUCCGUUGAUGGACAUUUAGGUUGUUUCCAUGACGUGGCUAUUGUAAAUAGUGCCGCAGUGAACACUGAGGUGCAUGUAUCUUUUUGAAUCAUGGUUUUCUCUGGAUAUGUGCCCAGGAAUGGGAUUGCUGGAUCAUAUGAUAGCUCUGUUUUUAAUUUUUUAAGGAACUUCCACACUGUUCUCCAUAGUGGCUGUACCGAUUUACAUUCCCACCAACAGUGUAGGAAGGUUCCCUUUUCUCCACACCCUCUCCAUCAUUUAUUGUUUGUAGACUUUUUGAUGAUGGCCAUUCUAACUGGUGUGGAGUGAUACCUCACUGUACUUUUGAUUUGCAUUUCUCUAAUAAUUAGCGACAUUGAGCAUCGCUUUUCAUGUGCUUUUUGGCCAUCUGUGUGUCUUCUUUGGAAAAAUGUCUAUUUAGAUCUUCUGCCCAUUUUUUCAUCGGGUUGUUUGUUUUUUUUUAACAAUUUUUUUUAUAUAUUUAUUUACUUUAUUAUUUUAUUUUUUUGGCUGCGUUGGGUCUUUGUUGCUGCGCACCAGCUUUCUCUAGUUGCAUCGAGUAGGGGCUACUCUUCACUGCGGUGCGCCGGCUCCUCGUUGCAGUGGAUUUUCUUGUUGCGGAGCAUGGGCUCCAGGUGCGCAGGCUUCAGUAGUUGUGGCUCGCAGGCUCUAGAGCACAGGCUCAGUAGUUGUGGCGCACAGGCCCAGUUGCUCCGCGGCAUGUGGGAUCUUCCCGGACCAGGGCUUGAACCCGUGUCCCCUGCAUUGGCAGGCAGACUCCCAACCACUGUGCCACCAGGGAGGCCCUGUUUGUUUCUUUGAUAUUGAACUGCAUGAGUUGUUUAUAUGUUUUGGAGAUUAAUCGCUUGUCAGUCACAUCGUUUGCAAAUAUUUUCUCCCAUGCUGUGGGUUGUCUUUUUGUUUUGUUUAUGGUUUCCUUUUAGCCUUUUUAUUUUUAGAUUAGGUCUGCUGGUGACAAAUUAUAUUAGUUAUCCUUCAUCUGUGAAUGUCUUGAUUUCCCCCUUUACUCUUUUUUAAAAUGCCUUACAAUUUUGUCACUUUUCAAAUUGAAGUAUAGUUGAUUUACAAUACUAUAUUAGUUUCAGGUGUACAACAUAGUGAUCCAAUAUUUUUAUAAUUAUACUCCAUUUAAAGUUAUUAUCAAACAUUGACUAUAUAUCCUGUGCUGUACAUAUGUCCUUGAAGCUUAUUUAUUUUACACAUAGUAGUUUGUACCUCUUAAUCCUCUAUUCCUAUCUUGCCCCUCCCCCUUCUGUCUCCCCACUGGUAACCACUAGUUUGUUCUCUAUAUCUGUGAGUCUAUUUGUUUUGUUAUAUUCAUUCAUUUCAUUUAUUAGAUUUCACAUAUAAGUGAGAUCAUACACUAUUUGUCUUUCUCUAACUUAUUUCAUUAAGCAUAAUACCCUCCAGGUCCAUCCAUGUUUUUGUAAAUAGCAAAAUUUAAUUAUUUCUUAUGGCUGAGUGAUAUCAUAUAUAUAUAUAUAUAUAUACAUACACACACACACACACACACACACACACACAAUGAACAUUGGGGUGCAUGUAUGUUUUUGAAUUAGUGCCUUUGUCUUCUUCAGAUAAAUACCCAGAAGUAGGAAUGCUGGAUUACAUUGUAGUUCUAUUGCUAGUUUUUUGAGGAACCUCCAUACUGCUUUCACAGUGGCUACACCAAUUUACAUUCAGACCAACAAUGUACAAGGGUUCCCCUUUCUCCACAUCCUUACCAACAUUUGUUAUUUGUGGUCUUUUUGAUGAUAGUCAUUCUGACAGGUGUGAGGUGAUAUCUCAUUGUGGUUGUGAUUUGCAUUUCUCUAAUAAUUGGUGAUGCUGGGCAUCUUUUCAUAUGCCUGUUGGCCAUCUCUAUGUCUUCUUUGGAAAAAUAUCUUUUCAGGUCUUCUGCCCAGUUUUUAAUUGGGUUGCUUGUUUUUUUUUGAUAUUGAAUUGUAUGAGCUAUUUAUAUAUUUUGAAUAUUAACCCCUUAUCGGUCAUAUCAUUUGCAAAUAUUUUCUCCCAUUCUGUAGAUUGUCUUUUCAUUUUGUCAGUGGUUUCCUUUGCUGUGCCAAAGCUUUAUGUUUAAUUAGGUGCAAUUUGUUUAAUUUUGCUUUUGUUUCCUUUGCCUUAGGAGACAGAUCCAAAAAAAUAUUGCUACAAUUUAUGUCAGAGUGUUCUGCCUACAUUUUCUUUGAGUUUUAUGGUAUCCAGUCUUACAUUUAGGUCUUUAAUCCAUUUUGAGUUUAUUUUUGUAUAUGGUGUGAGAAAAAUGUUCUAAUUUCAUUCUUUUACUCCCCCUUUACUCUUGAGGUGAUUUUCGCUGAAUAUAAAAUUCCGGGUUGACACUUCUUUUCUUUCAGGGCCCGAAACGUGUUGCGCUUUUUGUUUCUGGCCUUUGUGGUUUCUGAUGAGAUAUUCAGUCAUUCGAAUUGUUUCCCCCCUAUAUGUAAGGUGUCAUCACUCUCUCGCUGCUUUCAAAAUUUUUUUUCUUUAGUUCUCAGAAGUUUGAUUAUGACGUACCUUGACAUAGAUUUCUUUGGGUUCAACCUGUGUGGAGUUCAUUCAGUUUCUUGACUCUGUAGGUUUGUGUCUUUUGCCAUAUUUUGGAAAAUUUUAGCCAUUAUUUCUUAGAAUACUUUUUCUGUCCUACCUUCUUUCUCCUCACCUUCUGGGACUCUGACAACACAAAUACUAGAUUUUUUGUUAUAGUCCUACAGGUCCCUGAAACUCUGUUUUAUUGUUUUGUUGUUGUUGUUGUUUGUUUUCCAAACUAUUUUCUCUCUGUUAUUCAGGCUGGGUAAUUUCUAUUGAUUUAGCUUCAAAUCCACUGAUUCUUUCUUCUGUUGUUAAGUCUACCCAUUGAGAUUUUUACUUGGGUUAUUGUAGUUUUCAGUUCUAAAAUUUUUAUCUGGUUCUUUAUAUCUUCUGUUUCUCUGCUGAGACUUGAGGCAUUUUUAUGAUAGCUGUUUUAAAAUCCUUAGCAUAGAAUUCUAACAGCUGAGUCAUUGGUGUUGGCAUUUGUUGUCUUUUUUCAUUCACGUUGAGAUUUUCUUGGUUCUUGGUACAACGAUUUUUUAAAUUGAAUCCUAGACAUUUUGGGUAUUAUGAGACUGCAUCUUAUUUAAAUCUUCUCUUUUAGCAGGGCUCCUCUGACACAGUACCAGUGGGGAAAGGGGUAUGCCACCUCCUUAUUGCUGGAUGGGGUGGGAGUCUAGGCUUCCACUCAGCCUUUGCAGUCAGGGGUCGAAGAAGGGCUGCAGUUCUGCAGGGUGUGGCUGGAGUACACUUUUUUUUUCUGUAACUUUUUCUGUCCUGUAACUUUUUCUGUCCUGCUGGACUGUCCUUUUCCCGGUCCUUUGCCUAGAGAGAGUAGGCUUUUGUUGGGCCUUCCUUUGUCUGUGUGUUGUUUCUAGGUGGAUGGCUUCUCCAGCUCCCAGCUUGGGAUACAUGAAGCAAAAAGAAAAUCUAAGGAAUUCUCUGCUGUGUUGUUCUUCAGGUCUUGAGGUCUAGCCAGUCUGCCUUCUUCUCGUCACCUUUCAUAGUCUUAUGUUUGUUUUAUAUAUAACGUCUAAGGUUUUUAGCUGAACUUAGUGGAAGGAACAGAGAAAAGCCCAUCUGCUCCAUUUCUCCAGAAGCAGAAGCCAGGAGGGGAGUGAGUCCUUAUAUCUUUGAUGCUUAAAUUGUCCCAUCUUUAGCCAGUGGGAUGAGCUGGCUCCUGUUGACAUUACUUAUUAUUCUUUGAUAGCUUCCUUGGAUCCCGAGAUGUUCUAGGCUUACCUUGUAUUCUCCCUGCCCCACACCUGGAAUCAGUCUGUUCUACAAGGGACCCUAGCUGGCCUAAGCCAGUCCUGGGAGGCCAUUUGUCUUAGUCUGUUCAGGCUGCUAUAACAAAACACCAUGGACUGGGUGGCUUAAAAAACAGACAUUUAGGGACUUCCCUGGUGGCGCAGUGGUUAAGAAUCCGCCUGCCAAUGCUCGGGACACGGGUUUGAGCCCUGGUCCAGGAAGAUUCCACAUGCCGCAGAGCAGCAAAGCCCGUGUGCUACAACUACUGAGCCUGCACUCUAGAGCUCGUGAGCCACAACUACUGAGCCUGCGUGCCCUGGAGCCUGUGCUCCGAAACAAGAGAAGCCACUGUAAUGAGAAACCUGUGCACUGCAACAAAGAGUAGCCUCCGCUCUCCACAACUAGAGAAAGCCUGCACACAGCAGUGAAGACCCAACACAGCCAAAAAAUAAAUUUAUUUUUUUUUUAAAAAAAUCCAAAAAACCAGACAUUUAUUUCUCGUAGUUCUAGAGGCUGGGACGUCCAAGUUCGAGUCAGAAUCAGUUCUUGGUGAGGGCUCUCUCCUGCCUUGUUAGACAGCUGUCUUCUCCCUAUGUUCUCAUAUGGCCUUUCCACAGUAUAGAGAGUCUGUCUUCCUUUUCUUAUAAGAGUGCUAAUCAUCACAAGGGUCCCACUCUCAUGACUUCAUCUGAACUUAAUUAUUCCCCAAAGCCCCACCUCCUAAAACCAUCUCACUGGGAGUGGGGGCUUAGACAUAUGAAUUUGGCAGGGGGUGGGGAAUGGGUGCAUCACAAACAAACAUUCAGCCCAUUAUCCCAUUCCACUUGCCAGUGAGUGGUUCCGGCAUGGGCCUUCUCUCUUCCUAAAGAAGAUGACAGAGAGGCAAGGGCUCUCUCCUUUCUCUACCUGGGGUAUCUGGUGUUGGGGCCAACCACUUGCUGCCAGCCUAAGGACAGGGCCAGCACAGAGAGGGCAGAGUCAAGAGCAUCAUAGGACUGGGAGCUAGAACCCUGAUUUUCCUGUCUACAGACAAGCUGUUUCAUUUUGGCUCUCGUUCUGCCUCAACCCUGACCUGCCUCAAUCAGCAGCUGAGCAAAGAAAAAAGAAAACGUGCAAUAGGUCAGGGAGGUCAGUAUGUCACUUGGUCUCUCUCCUGAAAACCUCUGAUCUGAACCCAAAAGAAAUCCAUGCACACACUUCUUUACACCUCUGUUUAUUCUUCCUUCUCAUGAAAACCACUGACAUGUGCCUUUCAUGGGGGAGGGAAGACAAUGCUGCAACAGUGUUCAGGAUCCCUAGGCUGAAUUCUCAGGUGGUAACCUAGGAAGCCAGACAUGCAGGAGGCCAGGCCCCUAGGGUCCUGGAGCUGGGGCAGCCCCUGAAGAGAAGUUCGGAGGGCAGCUCCACAUGGGCCCCGUGAGCUCUUCUUCUCAGCCCAGGGAGCUCAUCAGGGUCUGGGCCUGCUUCAGUUCUGCAGGGGCAAGAGGUAGGUAGGCAGGCGGCAAUUAGGCAGGAUCUGGGAGGGCCCCUUACCCUCCAGGUAUACAGCUGAGCCUCACCUGCCAGGAGGACCUGGAACUUGUCUGCUGAGAGGGACAUGGUAACAGGCUGGGCCGGGGCACCCGAGGCAGCUGCCACCUCCAGCCGCAGGUGCACCAUGGGCUCUUCCACGGACCGCAGCAGGCUAGAACUCAGGGUGUAGUCCACCCGCCAGCCCACGCCUGUCAGCCUGUUCACUGCAAGACCGAAAGGGGCUCAGGGUCACAGACAGGGGAGCCAGGCAGCCCUAGCCCAUACCCUGGUUCAGCCCUGAACCCUUCAGGGCUAUGUGGCCUUUGAGAAGCUCUCAUCCCUCUGAUCCAGGAGCUCAGAUUACCCAUAGCAGAUCUCAGAGGAAAGAAACCGGGGCUGGUGUCAGGAAUCCCAGCUCUGUGACUGCUCGACAUGUGAUGUGGUUAAGUCUCCUUUCUGAAGACAAACACCUCCCAAGCCACAUGCACCUUCUAGAAUGGAGCCCAGCCCCCACCCGGGCACCCCACACUCACCUCGCAAGCUGCAGGCCCGCAGGUGCUCCUGCAGGGAGCUUUGCUUCUCCUCAUAACAGCGACACAGGCUGGCUGCAUGCUCUGGGGGCCGAAGGGAGGUCCCCUGAGCUAGCAGGUGGGUGCUGGGGCUUAGGCCACUCAAAGGGCAGGUCUCAGGCUCCUGGCCCAGAGAGGGCAAGGUGCAUCUCAGGGUCACACAGCCUGACCUUUGCCUGGCACCCCUUGGCCCACAGGUUACCCACCUGCCUGCCCUCAUCCCUGUACCUUUGGGCAGCCCCAGCUGCUGCAGUUCACUGGACAAGGACUCGCCAUCCACGCUAUGCUUGGCCGCACUGGAGAGGAUGAAACUCAGCACUGCCACUGUGGCCUUCACAUCACCCGACUCUGGGGGGAGCCGUGGGUGGAAUGGGGGGUGUCACUGUGGCCCCAGCCACCUCCUUGACACCCCACUAUCUUCAGCUCAGAGCCUCCAGGCCUCCUUGAGCCAUGAGCACCGCUACUGCCCCACUGGGAGUGGGCAGAGGACCCUAGGGCUGGCAAUGUCUUUCUUCCCUCAUGCUCCUCUGCUGAGGCAGGUGGGUCAGAGUGGGCUGUUGGGAGGAGGGGCCUCUGUGCCGGGCCCCAGGCUGAAUACCCGGGUUUGCCCAAAGGUCUGCGGACCCAGUGGGGUACUCACCAAACCUGGCAUCAGCGGUGAGCUUCAGGAUCUUCUCAUACUGUGGAGAAAGGAGGCCCUCAAGGGGUGCCGGACCCCCGCUCACUAGCCCCCAACCCCUGGCCUGGAUCCUGUGGUAAGGACACGAGGUAUCUAGGGAGGGUGGGAGCUGAUCACCCGUCUCCCUGGGUCUGGUGCACUUUCAGGGCAGUGGGGGUCACAGGGUCAUGGGACAGUGGGGUGCGGGGCCCUGCACUCACGUCAAUCCCCUGUCCCAGAAGGUCCUUCAGCACCUGGCUACACAGCAGCCUCAGCUUCACGGAGGACUGGAGGGGAAGGCCUUACAUCAGCCAGACUGACCCACCUCACCCCUCCAUGCUGGUGGGCUGGCUCAGAGAAGGCUGGCCACAUACCUGACCAGUCACACAGCAUGUUCGGACAGCCCGAGAGCGCUGAGGCCCCAGCCCAAGAGUGACCUCCCCACCCUCCACCCUCAGAGCCCCCACCCCCAAGACCCCAUGCACUCAACGAUUUUGGCCAGCGUGCUGAUCUCUGCCAGGACCCAGUCAGGACAGUCCAGGUCACCACAGAACCGGAACCUCUGCAAGGGAGUAAGCUCCAGCCAUACUGGCCUCCCUGCUGCUCCUGUUGCAGAUUAAACGUGGCUUGCUCUCUCACUUCACUCAGGUCUCUGCUCAAAUGACACCUCUUCUGAUGGACUUUCUCUGACUUUGCUUUCUUAAAUAGCCCCUCACACAAGGAAAUUUUUGGGGUCAGUGGAUGUAUUCAUUAUCUUGAUCAUGGUAAUGUUUUCAUGAGCAUAUAUGCAUCGAAACUUAUUGAACCAUAUAUUUGCACACACAUGGUUUGUUUUAUGUCGAUAUUAUCUCAAGGAAGCUGUUAAAAAAAAAUAAAACAGCUCUUCACCAUCAUG